UUGAGUGACAUAUUUUCGAAAAUUGGGAGGGAAAAGGAAAAGUUUGUUAUUGUUGUAAAGUUUAAAUUAAUUAUUUUGUUUCGUGUAAAUAUUAUCGAUUAAAAAUAAAGUGAUAUGAUUUCUUGUUUCCAUUAACAAUUCCAUAUGAAAUCUUUCAAGAUCCAUAACGCAACGGAAUUAUGGCAGCGGGAAACCAGUCUUCCUUCAGUGGCAUCUUUCAGUCAGAGUCUAGACAGCAUUUUGGGUACCGAUGGAUUCCAGCUAGGCAGCAUGACAGAAUUGCUAGGAUUGCCGGGCUCUGGGAAAACACAACUAUGUUUGCAGCUGUGUGCAUCGGUGCAAAUACCUAAAGACCUAGGUGGACUAGAUGCUGAAGCACUUUACAUAGAUACUAAUACUCACUUCACUUUAUCUAGGUUUAGAGAGAUCCUUAGUACAACCCUGCUGAAAUGUCAAAGCGUACUGGGAAAGCCGCUACAAAUUACAGAAGAUGAAGCAUUAAGCAAGCUCCACUAUGUUGAUGCGUUCGGUCUGGAAAAGUUCUGUGCAUUCAUGUACAGACUCCCUAGAUUUAUAGAGGAACAUCCUAAGGUAAAACUGAUAGCAAUAGACUCAAUAGCAUAUCCCUUCAAAGAUGGCAUCUCCACCAAGCAGAGAACAGGACUGUUAUUCAGACAAAUGGCUGAGCUGCAGAAAAUUGCGAUAGAACAUCAAAUUGCGGUGGUAUUAUCAAACGAGAUGAGCACCCGAGUGGGUCUAUCAGGCGGCGGUAUUGUAGGCUCGUUAGGCGAUGCGUGGGCGCACCGUUGUAAUGUACGACUGUUGUUGAGUACCCCGCAAAGAUGUGACGAUCCUACACACAGAUUGGCGUUGUUGCUGAAGAGCAAUGUUGCUUGUAAUGCUGUGGCUAGGUUUCAGAUAACAGGAGAGGGAAUAAGGGAUGUGGAAUAAAACACGUAAGAACAUACAUAGUAGUUUAAUUAAUUAUUAAAUGUAAAUAUGUGUAUAUUGUAAACGAAACUACAGCACCAAUAAAUAUCUCAUUUUUCACAAAAAUAUCAAGCUUUAAUUUCUAUAACAUCUCAACAGUUAUACAAUGUAUAGGCAGUAUUAAGUAGUAAUGGAACUUUACGGAACUGUAUCCAGUAGGAUUUCAUCGCGAAGUAUUAUGCGUUCACUUUGUUACGACACUAGAGUGAGUAACACGCGUUUGUAGUCGCCUUUCGUAUCGUCCUGCAAAUCAUUACAUUGUACUUUGUAACGUUAGCUCAGUUUAUACAAAACAGCAUGCCAAGCCAUACAGUUACUUGUAUAAAAAAUAAUAACUUUAAUAAAAAAAUAUAAUUCAUUCUGCAGGAUUAAGCACAAAGUGUGACUAGCACAUUUCCGAAGUCACUCGAUAGGUCAUCCUGGAAAGAAUAUUUAGAUAAAUCUACCGCUUGCACAGUUUGCUAAAAUACAAAAGAAACUGGCCCAUUACUUAUGAUUGUAGUUUCACGUUAUUCGAAAGUGUAUCACAAAAUAUCUUACGAAGAUAUCUAUAAAUAAUAAAAUAAAUGUCUUUAAAAUGCAACGAGGUUUAUUGUACUCGGUCGAUAAUAUGCUGACACGCGUGUCGUGAUUAGAAUAAAACUUCACACUGCAGCAUUGUCACACAUAUGGCGCUCGUAAUACUGAGUGUUAUAUGUAAGCAUUGGUGAGGCUUUAGUAACACAUUGUCGACAGGAGUUCACCGAGCGGACCUCCUAA